AUGUUGCAUGUGGUGCCGGUCAGUGAGACGGAGAUAAAAAUCCUGGACGGCUUCACGCCUGUCUGCCCCGGCGGCGCAGUACCCGGUCUGGACCAGAUCCCGAGUCGGAACCCGAACGAAACCUUCUUCCUCCUCGCCUCGUCCUCGUCGUUGCACUCGUCCCUGUACUCCAUGGUCUUCCCGGCACCCCAGUACUGCGUCGACACGAUCCUGCGUUCCAGGAAUGGGUCAGCUGUGGAAAUCGCAGUGCUUUGCUUUCCCGAAGAAGAGAACGGAGUGCAUUUCGUGUACUCUGUGUUCCUGGUCGUGUCGGCGGGGUUUCUGGCACUGACCCUGGUGCUGGGGUUUUUGUUGCCCGAUGGCGGCCGAGUGGCGACCUGGACGCUGCUGAGUCACGUGGCGUGUCUCUUGGUGGCGAUUUCCCUGUUGACCUGGUUGCAGAUCGGGGGAUCUCUGGAGGAUGAAGUGGCCUGUGUGGUUGUCGCUUGCGUCAUGUACUACUCGUUUCUCUCGGCCUUCCUCUGGCUCAACGUCAUGAGUUUCGACAUCUGGUACACACUGAGGCAACCCAAAAGAUACGAUCAGACGCGUGACGCGUUGUCGAAUGCAUCUGAUGUCUCCGGAAAUUUGCCAAAAUUUUUGUAUGCAGAAGGGAACCGUGGCUAA